AGCAGAGUGUGUGAUACAUAAGGUCUCUUUAAGAGCUCGCUCCACUCCUCGCUGUGCUCCUGCGCGCGCGCUCAUCAGGAGCUCAUCAGGACGUCUGUUCCUCACCUCCUCUCUCCUCACCUCCUCUCCUCACCUCCUCUCCUCACCUGACGCGAAGAUCCGUGCGAAGAAAGUGGGAGAGAGCAGACCACACACCACACUCUGACGCUGAAGCCUAUGGAUUUUACCUUAAAUUAUGUGCACCUGUCCCAGCGUGGAACAGCCCGACACAGAGAUUAGAGGAAACAACUGAGGACGUUUACCAGGCACUGAAGAAAUGACAAAUCUUAAAAUUAAGCACAAGCUUCGACAGCCUUCUUAAAACGAAUUCAUGAGGCAAUUACAAGAAGUGUGACACAACAAAUCCGUUUAAUUAGAGUCGGCCUUUUGAAGUGCAAAUAUGGAUCUCCAAUACAACUCCUUUUACAACCACGCUUUGUGGAGAGACCUGGCCUUAACCACUGAGGACUGCUCAAUGUCUGUCAGUGGCACCACCUUCCUCAUCAUCGCCUACAGUGUGGUCCUGGCCAUGGGACUUAUUGGAAACUCCUGCCUCGUUUUUGUCAUCACAAGGCACAAGGAGAUGCGUAACGUCACUAACAUCCUAAUUGCCAAUCUCUCUUGCUCCGAUAUCCUCAUGUGUAUCGUCUGCCUUCCUGUGACCAUAAUAUACACGUUGAUGGACCAUUGGAUUUUAGGUAGCGCCAUGUGUAAGCUCACCCCUUUCGUCCAAUGUAUUUCCGUCUCCGUGUCCAUCUUCUCCCUUGUUCUGAUUGCAAUGGAGCGCUACCAGCUAAUAGUCCACCCCACUGGUUGGAAGCCCACAGUCGCCCAGUCCUAUGUUGCUGUGGCGGGCACUUGGGUGGUGGCAUGUUUGAUUUCCGUGCCUUUUUUGACCUACAACGUUUUGGUAUUACCCUUCCAGAACCUAAGCAUCCCUCUGCCACUCUCCGACCAGCUCGUCUGCAUGGAAAAGUGGCCGUCGUUAGCGAUGAGGCGAGCCUACACAACCUCCUUGAUUGUCUUCCAGUACCUCCUGCCGAUUCUCCUUAUAAUGAUCUGCUAUUUGCACAUCUACUUACGCCUGAGGAGGAGGAAGGAGAUAGUGGAGCGGAGUGGGAACAAUACACAGAAGAAAAACAAAGGCGCUACAAGGAUUAACAUCAUGCUAACGGCUAUCGUGGUGGCGUUCGCUCUCGCCUGGUUGCCUCUCAAUACCUUCAACACUGUUUUCGACUGGAACCACGAGGCUCUGCCCACCUGCAGCCAUGACGUCAUCUUCUCAUUCUGUCAUCUUACAGCCAUGGCAUCGACCUGCAUCAACCCCAUAAUAUACGGUUUCCUCAACAGCAACUUCCAAAAGCAGCUCAAGUCCACCAUAUUGAGGUGUCGCUGUUGGGCGGUCACCGAGAGAUACGAGACUGUGCCACUUUCGACGGUUAGCACGGAGGUCACCAAGGGGUCAAUGCUGAGCAAUGGAUCCAUCAGUGCCAACACCUAAAACGUUUUCAUUCAAAGACACAAGAAGUCUGUUUUUGGGGCCUGUUUUGCUCUUCACGGCCACUAUCCUUCUUUAAAGCUUUUCUUGCUUCACUGCGUGCAAUAGCAGGAGUGUGACAUUUACAAAGUUACAAAGCUCACAGUUUGCUGUCCGAUGGGAGCAGGCUGGAGACACUUAACCGCUGGCCUCUAUUUCAGAUGAAGCAGAACAUAACAAAAUGAUGGUUGAAGGGGUGCAUCGGGGUCAACCAAGAAGUAUUCUACUGAAGAAUACCAUGGUUUUUAAGAAAAAAAACACGCUUGUAAUCUAUCUAUAUAAACCCUACUGACAAUGUGGGAGGCAAACGGUGCAGCUGUGUCUUGCUUAAUUUCCCCAAGAUGCAUGUAUUGAUGAAAAUGUAAAUUGAUAGCGAACCAAGAUGUGUUAAUGAUUAUUGACAGUUUUGUUGCAUAACUGUCGGCAAGUACAUUAGAGCUGCAAAUGGGGCCCCAGGCAUUCAUCCAGGCGAUUUAUUUGCUUCAUCAGACGCUGUUCUUAUUAUCGAAAACUCCCAUGAACAAUAAUGUUUUCAUAAUGAACCUCGUGAAGCCAAUGCGGUGUUUUCAUGCAGUCUAUUUUCAUGCAGUCUAUUUUCAACCAUUAUACCAUAUAGUAGUGUGCCAUGUGCCUGUAGUUUUUUGCAUAAAGAUGUGACCACCAUAAAUUUAAAAGUGCCAUACAAGUAGUGUCAGUAGAGGGCCUCUUCCGCUGUAUAUAACCCUAUAGACUUCCGUGCAUUACAUAUGGAUAAGGAGAAGUGUACGACACAGUUAUAAAUCUGUGGCAAUAAAUAGCAAUGUGUAGCAUAGAUGAUUUGAGGAAUUAGGAUUACUGUUGUCACUUUUAUUUGUGUGAUGAAUUAAACCUUUAUGAUAUAUUUGUG